AUGCGUUUGUUUUUCUUUUCUUUGGUGCAGAAUGCAGAAGUUUCUGUGUUUGAGGUGAACAUCAGGUUUGUUGGAGGUCUGCUGUCUGCCUACUACCUGUCUGGGAAAGAGGUGUUCCGCAGGAAGGCGGUGGAGCUGGGUGAAAAGCUGCUGCCAGCCUUCAAAACGCCCACAGGCAUCCCCUGGGCUCUGCUCAACCUCAAGAGUGGUGUGGGUAGGAACUGGCCCUGGGCUUCAGGCGGCAGCAGCAUCCUGGCAGAGUACGGGACCCUCCAUCUGGAGUUCAUGCACCUCAGCAAACUCUCCGGAAACCCAGAGUUUGCUCAAAAGGUAAUGAACAUCAGGAAAGUGCUGAACCGUUUGGACAAACCUCAGGGACUUUAUCCGAACUACCUGAACCCGAACAGCGGCCAGUGGGGCCAACAUCACGUGUCUGUGGGUGGCCUCGGCGACAGCUUCUAUGAGUAUCUGCUCAAGGCCUGGCUUAUGUCCGACAAGACCGACGAGGAAGGGAAGAAGAUGUACUAUGAUGCCCUGCAGGCGAUAGAAACCAACCUGAUGAGGAAGUCGAGCAGCGGGCUGACCUACAUAGCUGAGUGGAAGGGAGGGCUGCUGGAGCACAAGAUGGGCCACCUGACGUGUUUCGCCGGCGGCAUGAUCGCUCUGGGCGCCGAUGGGGCCCCCGGUGACAAGACAGGCCACCAGAUGGAGCAGGCGGCGGAGAUCGCUCGCACCUGCCACGAGUCGUACGCCAGGACAGCGCUGAAGCUCGGUCCAGAGGCGUUCCGCUUCGACGGCGGCGUUGAGGCCAUCGCGACCCGACAGAAUGAGAAAUAUUUCAUCCUGCGCCCAGAGGUCAUCGAGACCUACAUGUACAUGUGGAGAUUCACCCACGACCCCAAGUACAGAGAGUGGGGCUGGGAGGCUGUCCAGGCCUUGGAGAAGCACUGCCGACUAGAAGGAGGCUACAGCGGCGUCCGGGACGUCUACGCCUCGUCUCCGAACCAUGACGACGUGCAGCAGAGCUUCUACCUGGCCGAGACGCUAAAGUAUCUGUACCUGCUGUUCUCUGACGACGACCACCUGCCGUUCGAACACUGGGUGUUCAACACCGAGGCUCACCCUCUGCCCGUCAUCAGGAAGGACAAAACAGACACGCCCAACGAAGUGGAGUAGCCUCCCAGUGACCUCUGACCCUGUAUAUCUGAGCCUCCUGCUGGCGACAGGUUCCUCCUUGUCGGAUUUUGACUUUUUUGUUCUUUUUAUAAACUGGAUCUGUUCUGGUUUUAUCUGAUUUUUUUUUUUUUUUUUGUUUUACUUUGAAUCUUUUUGCAAACACUGAUCUCCGGUUGGGCCGGAUCCGGAGCAGCUUUUUUAAAACCGGAAUCAUGAGAACUUCCUGUUUGGAUGGGAAGCGGCAGAGAUAAUCAGCUGCUCUUUGUCCGGUCACGUUAUUUAUCAGGAUGUUUGUUUAGUUUUUUUCUCUGCGAGGGUGAAACCAGGCGGCUCUGUGAAUUAAAGACGUUUGGGCACAAAAACCCCUCAGCUCUGACUGACAGGGGCGACGAAGUGACACGGCGAGCGCAAAGACUCCCGGGUCACUUCCUGUUUCCUUUUCGCUGCUUGAGGAUCCGUUUGGUUGAAGAAACACUGGGAUUUCCUUUUUUAAUGUUUUCAUCUUUCUAAAUCAUGCCUCGUUCUUAUCUGCCAGUAAAUUCAGCUGGUUUUCUUUGACCAGCUGUUUUGUUCCUCUAUCUCACAUUUCCAUCAGUUUGACCAGGACAGGGAUUUAAAAACUAUUUCUUCCUAA